UUUUGGUAUCAGGAAUAUGGCAGCGUCCUGAGCUCUGCUGGGGAAGACGGCGUUAAUUGAGCAGCUUCAGCAUCGGACCGGGAAUCACUGAGCCACACCGGGCGCACUCGGAGGAGGGUGGGGGCUGAGGGGGCCGGCGACAAAUUACAUGCGUUAGCGAUUUGACAGGUCCUGUGAGAAGAUGAAUGUCGUCAAAGACAACAAAGACUUGGCCUGUUUCUACACCACCAAACACUCCUGGAGGGGAAAGUACAAGCGAGUCUUCUCAGUGGGCACCCAUGGCAUCACCACUUACAACCCAACCACGCUAGAAGUAACAAAUCAGUGGCCUUAUGGAGACAUCUGUGGCAUCGGUCCGGUAGGAAAGGGUCAGGGCACCGAGUUCAACCUCACAUUCCGCAAGGGCAGCGGCAAGAAGUCGGAAACACUCAAGUUCUCCACAGAGCACCGGACAGAGCUACUCACAGAAGCACUGAGAUUCAGAACAGACUUUUCUGAGGGAAAGAUAACCGGCAGGCGCUACAACUGCUACAAGCACCACUGGAGCGACACGAGAAAGCCUGUGAGUUUAGAGGUGACUCCAGGCGGCAUUGACCAGAUAGACCCUCACACAAACCGGGUUGUGUGCUCGUAUGACUACCGCAACAUAGAGGGCUUCGCUGAGGUCUCUGACUACCAGGGGGGCUUCUGCAUCCUCUAUGGCGGCUUCAGCCGGCUGCAUUUGUUUGCCUCAGAGCACCGUGAUGAGAUCAUCCGCAGCGCCAUAGAGCAUGCUGGGAACUUCAUCGGCAUCAUGCUGCGAUUGAGAAAGGAGGCCCUGACCUUCGAGGGCUUUGUGACGGACAGGCUGGGGAAGUACAGUUCAGAUGAAAGCAUCACGUCACUCGCUGAGUUUGUGGUGCAGAAGAUCUCCCCCCGACACCCGGAGCCUGUUAAGCGUAUCCUCGCCCUGACUGAGACAUGUCUAGUGGAGAGAGACCCAGCCUCCUACAACAUAGUCACCAUCAAACCCUUUGGAGAGGUGUUUGCUCUCAUCUGUGACGUAGACAACCCCCAGGUCUUCACAGUAGAAUUCAUCAGAGGCCAGAUCAGAAAGUUCUCCUCCACAGAACGUGAUUCCCUGUUAGCCAGCCUUCUUGAUGGAGUUCGUGCGUCAGGCAACAGGGAUGUCUGUGUCAAGAUGGCCCCCACGCAGAGAGGUCAGAGAUGGGGCUUACUAAGCAUGCCUGUGGACGAGGAAGUGGAGAGUCUGCAUCUCAAAUUUCUCGCAGCACCACCCAAUGGAAACUUUGCCGAUGCAGUGUUCAGAUUCAACGCCAACAUAUCCUACAGUGGAGUGCUACAUGCAGUAACACAAGACGGACUUUUCUCAGAGAACAAAGAGAAGCUGAUCAACAAUGCCAUCCUGGCCCUCCUAUCCCAGGAGGCAGAGCUGCCAGGUCCCAAUGCGGAGCUGGAGAGCCAUUUCCAGGCCAUCCGACGCUUGGUGGCCUCCAAGGCUGGCUUCCAGGCCUUCACCCAGCUGCCAAAGUUCAGGGAGAAGUUAGGAGUGAAGACUGUAAAAGCUUUAAAAAGGAACAACAACGGUGUGACACAUGCUGCUAUCGACAUGCUCUGCGCCCUUAUGUGUCCGAUGCAUGAUGACUAUGACCUAAGGCAGGAGCAGCUGAACAAGGCCUCUCUGCUCUCGUCCAAAAAGUUCCUGGAAAACCUCCUUGAAAAAUUCAUCAGUAACGUGGACCAUGGAACAGGAGCGCUGGUCAUCAGCUCCUUGUUGGACUUCCUGACCUUUGCCCUCUGUGCGCCCUACAGUGAGACCACAGAGGGCCAGCAGUUUGAUAUGCUGCUCGAGAUGGUUGCCUCCAAUGGACGCACCUUGUUCAAACUCUUCCAGCAUCCCUCUAUGGCGAUAGUGAAAGGGGCAGGUCUGGUGAUGAAGGCCAUCAUUGAGGAGGGAGAUAAGGAAAUUGCCACUAAGAUGCAGGAGCUGGCUUUGAGUGAGGGGGCUCUACCAAGGCAUCUCCACACAUCCAUGUUCACCAUCAGCACUGACCAGAGGAUGCUUACCAACAGGCAACUGAGUCGUCACCUGGUGGGACUGUGGACAGCAGAGAACCCCAUUGCUAUGAACCUGCUCAAGAGAAUAUUGCCAACAGGCCUGCUGGCUUACCUAGACAGUCCUGACCCCGUCCCAGAGAAAGAUGUGGACAGAAUGCACAUCCGUGACAACUUGAAGAUUGCCACGGACCAGCUGGGCCGCAACAAGGUGCCUGAGUGGCAGCGGAUAGCAGGCAAAGCAGCCAAAGAGGUGGAGAAGUUUGCCAAGGAGAAGGCAGAUCUUGUGCUGAUGCACUGGAGAGAUAAGAUGGGCAUUGCCCAGAAGGAGCAGGACAGAAAUAACCUGAACCCCAACCAAAAGCCUGUCAUCCUGAGAAAAAGAAGGCAAAGAAUCAAGAUAGAAGCCAACUGGGAGCUUUUCUACUACAGAUUCCAGCUCGACCACGCGCGGUCAAACCUCAUCUGGAACCUGAGGACCAGGGAGGAGCUGCGGGACGCCCUGGAGGGGGAGAUGCGCUCCUUUAGUGUUGACCGGGAACUUGGCAGUGCCAACGUCAUCUCGUGGAAUCACCAGGAGUUUGAGGUGAGAUACGAGUGCCUUUCAGAUGAGAUAAAGAUUGGGGAUUAUUACCUGCGUCUGCUGCUUGAGGAGGAUGAAAAUGAAGAAUCGAGUGCCAUCAAAAGAUCAUAUGAGUUCUUCAAUGAGCUCUAUCACCGUUUUCUACUCACACCCAAAGUCACAAUGAAGUGCCUGUGCCUGCAGGCACUUGCUAUAGUCUAUGGGAAGUGUUGUGAGGAGAUUGGCCCCUUCACUGACACAAAGUACAUUGUGGGCAUGCUGGACCGGUGUACAGACAAACUGGAAAGAGAUAGACUCAUCCUCUUCCUCAACAAACUCAUUCUUAACAAGAAAAAUGUGAAGGAAGUGAUGGACUCUAAUGGAGUCCGCAUUUUGGUGGACCUGCUGACCCUGGCACAUCUACAUACCAGCAGAGCUACUGUACCGCUACAGAGCAACGUGCUGGAAGCAGCACCAGACAUGAAGAGGGAGAGUGAGAAGGAGUGGUACUUUGGAAAUGCAGACAAGGAAAGGAGAGGACCCUUCAGUUUCGAGGAGAUGCAAGAGUUUUGGAAUACUGGUAUCCUGACAGCAAAAACGCGGUGCUGGGCUCAAGGCAUGGACGGCUGGCGCCCCCUGCAGGCCAUCCCUCAGCUGAAGUGGUGUCUUCUGGCCACUGGGCAAGCAGUGAUGAACGAGACGGACCUGGCUACACUCAUCCUCAACAUGCUCAUCACCAUGUGCUCCUACUAUCCCAGCAGAGACCAGGACAACGCCAUAAUUCGUCCUUUACCUAAGAUCAAGAGGCUGAUCAGUGACAACACCUGCCUCCCUCACAUUGUGCAGCUGCUUUUGACCUUUGACCCCAUCCUGGUGGAGAAGGUGGCCAACGUUCUGUACCUGGUGAUGCAGGACAACCCCAACCUGCAGCGCCUCUACCUAACUGGCAUCUUCUUCUUCAUCAUGAUGUAUACUGGCUCCAACGUGCUGCCUGUUGCCAGGUUUUUGAAGUACACUCACCUCAAGCAAGCCUUCAAAUCAGAAGAGGCCAAAGGUCAAGACAUAGUGCAGCGUAGCGUUCUUGGACCGGUGCUGCCUGAAGCCAUGGUGUGUUAUCUGGAGAACUACGAGGCUGAACGCUUCUCUGAGAUUUUCCUGGGAGAGUUUGACACACCUGAGGCCAUUUGGAGUAGCGAAAUGCGGCGCAUGAUGAUUGAGAAGAUAGCUGCACAUCUAGCUGACUUCAGCCCCAGGCUACAGAGCAACACACGGGCCCUCUACCAGUACUGUCCCAUCCCUGUGGUCAGCUUCCCACAACUGGACAACGAGCUCUUCUGCAACAUCUACUACCUCAGACACCUGUGUGAUACUACCCGCUUCCCUAACUGGCCCAUUCGAGAGCCUGUAAAGCUGCUAAAAGACACCCUGGAGGCCUGGAAGAGGGAAGUGGAAAAGAAGCCUCCCACUAUGUCUGUAGAUGAUGCCUAUGAGGUCCUUAACCUCCCCAAAGGACAGGGACAGCAUGAAGAGAGCAAAAUCAGGAAAGCCUACUUCAGACUGGCACAGAAGUACCAUCCUGACAAGAACCCAGAGGGCAGGGACAUGUUUGAGAAAGUCAACAAAGCCUACGAGUUCCUCUGCACAAAGUCAGCUCGAAUACUUGAUGGCCCAGACCCUGAAAACAUCAUCCUCAUCCUCAAAGCCCAGAGCAUCCUUUUCAACCGGCAUAAAGAAGAACUGGAACCUUACAAAUACGCUGGUUACCCGAUGCUCAUCAAGACCAUCACCAUGGAGACGGAUGAUGAACAGCUCUUCUCCAAGACCUCCCCUCUCCUCCCAGCUGCCGCAGAGCUGGCCUUCCACACAGUCAACUGCUCUGCUCUCAAUGCAGAGGAGCUGCGCCGUGAGAAUGGCAUUGAGGUGUUGUUGGAGGCCCUCUCUCGGUGUGUUGCUGUAUUAACUGCUUCCAGUAAGGCUGAGGACAUGGCUGUCCAGGUGUGCGGGCACAUCUGUAAGUGCUACAGCGUUGCAGCUCAGUUUGAGGAAUGCAGGGAAAAGAUCAUCGAACUGCCUAAUAUCAUCAGGGACCUCUGUCACAUCCUUUACUAUGGAAAGGGUCUCCCAAAGACAGCUGCCCUGGCGGUGCAGUGUGUCAGCUCCUUUGCAGUGGACUUCUUCCUACAGACGCACCUGUACCAUGCUGGGGUGCUUUGGCACCUGCUGGUCCACCUUUUCAACUACGACUACACUCUGGAGGAGAGCGGCGUGCAGGCUAACCAGGACACCAACCAGCAGGAGGUUGCUAACAGCCUGGCUAAGCUUAGCCUGGUAGCCCUCAGCCGUCUUGGGGGCUACACCCAGACACCUCACACCCCGGACGGGGGCAAUCCUGUACCGGAGACUAACGGAGUGGAAGCAGCACCUCCAGAGAACCCUACCAUCCGCAAGAGUCUGGCAGCCAUGCUGACGCCGUACAUCGCUAGGAAGCUGGGAACAGGAUCUCCUGCUGAGGUUUUGAAGCUGCUGAAUAGUAACUCAGAAAAUCCCUAUCUGAUCUGGAACAAUGGAACACGAGCCGAGCUGCUGGAGUUCCUGGAGGGACAGCAGGAGGGCAACAUCAAGAGGGGAGAGAAUGACAAAAACUUUGGUGCAGAGUUUGUGUUCAGUGAUCACAGUAAAGAGCUGAUAGUGGGAGAGAUUUUUGUCCGGGUCUACAAUGAGCAGCCCACGUUUCCACUUGAGUUUCCCAAGGCAUUUGCAGCCAGUCUCCUGGACUAUGUUGGCUCACAGGCCCAGUACCUCCACACUCUGCUGGCCAUGAGCCAGAGUAACAAGGUGGAGUCCCAGCAGCAUGCCGAGAGGCUCCGCUUUGCCGAGAUGGCCCUGGAGGCUCUCCGCAACGUCAUCAAGAACAACCCUGGUUCCGAGUCAGAGUGCAUCGGCCACUUCAAGCUGCUUUUCUCCUUGUUGCGGGUUCAUGGAGCUGGCAGAGUGCAGCAGCUGGCUUUGGAGGUUGUGAAUACAGUGACAUCCAACCAAGAGUGUGUGGGCAACAUAGCUGAGUCUUUGGUUUUGUCCAACCUUCUGGUGCUGCUGCAUUCGCUCCCUUCCAGCAGGCAACUUGUCCUGGAAACCCUGUAUGCUUUGACGUCCAACACAAAGAUAGUCAAAGAGGCUAUGGCCAAAGGUGCUCUGAUCUACUUGCUAGACCUCUUCUGCAACUCCACACACCCCCAGGUCCGCUCACAAACCGCAGAGCUCUUCUCAAAGAUGACCUCAGACAAGCUGGUUGGGCCAAAGGUGCGGCUGACACUGAUUCGAUUCCUCCCGGCUGUGUUUAUGGACGCCAUGAGAGACAAUGCUGAGGCAGCGGUGCACAUAUUUGAGGGAACACAUGAAAACCCUGAGCUCAUCUGGAAUGACAGCUCCAGGGAGACGGUCUCCACCACUGUCCGAGAGAUGAUGCUUGAACACUUUAAACAGCAGAAGGAUAAUCCGGAUGUGAACUGGAGAUUGCCAGAGGAUUUCACUGUGGCGUAUGGAGCAGGACAAGGCGAGCUAGAAGUGGGUGGAGUCUUCCUGCGUAUCUUUAUUGCUCAACCUGGCUGGGUGCUACGCAAGCCACGAGAGUUCCUGGUGUCUCUCCUGGAGACGCUCACGGAGCUGCUAGAGAAAAACAACCCCAAUGGUGAGGCUCUGGAGACGGUCACCACAGCAGCGGUGUGUCUGUUCAGCUCGCAGAGCCAGCUGGCUGACCAGGUUCCUCCUCUGGGUCACCUGCCCCGGAUCCUCGCAGCACUCAACCACAAGAACAACGCCAUUCCCAAGAGCUCCAUCCGCCUCAUCCAUGUGCUCUCUGACAAUGAGCUGUGUGUACGCUCCAUGGCCUCUCUGGAGACGAUCGGUCCUCUCAUGAGUGGAAUGAAGGUCAGGGCAGACAUGGCUGGAUUGGCUUGUGAAGCUCUCAACCGCAUGUUCCAGAAAGAGCAGACGGACCUAGUGGCCCAGGCUCUAAGAGUGGAGCUGGUUCCAUACCUCUUGAAGCUGCUGGAAGGAACAGGCUUGGAGACAUUAGACAAUCCUUCAGCCACCAAGGCCCAGAUAGUAAAGGCUCUCAAAUCCAUGACACGCAGUCUGCAGUAUGGAGAACAGGUGAAUGAGAUUCUAGCCAGGUCCACAGUGUGGAGUGCCUUUAAAGACCAGAAACAUGACCUUUUCAUCUCAGAGUCUCAGACUGCAGGCUACCUGACAGGGGUAUCCACUCCCUCUCUCCUGGCCGCCAGUAGCCCACUGCGAGGUGGGCUCUAGACACCCGAGCUGGGCCCUCGAAGCCCUCCUCUCUCUUGCUCUGAUGCAGGUCCAGGAGUAGCAGGCUACCUUACAGCAGGAACUGGCACCACGGUAAUGGCCAGCGUCCCACCCCCUGUGGACAACGACAUUGGAGACCUGGGCUGACGGACACACGAGGUCACGCUCAGGCACCCAGACUGCCCUGCAGCUUCACAGCCGCAGCUCAGAGAGACUGUUCAGCUCCCAGACGAGGGGAUGGAGAGAGGGAGACGAAGGAGAGCGGGCCAUCCUUGACUGUCACCAAAAUGUCCGCGACACCUCCUCCAGUUAUCACUCUCCUCCCCCCUUCAGACAGCACUCAAGUCUUCAUAAACACUUUCUAAUUGUUUUAAAAGAUGACCACAUUUCUUUUUGUUUUUGCGCUUCUUUUCUUGUUUCUUCCAAUGACACAAAAAAUUGUUUACUUUUUGUAUGAAUAUAUUUUUUACUCGAUUGUUUUUUUUUUUUUUUUUUUUUGUGGGAUAAAGACAUUGGAAGACUGGAGGUUAUUUUAUAUAAAUUAAACCAGUCUCCUUCAUUCUUAUCUUCUGCCUCUCCGCCACAUCAUGAUUGGCUGUGCUUAACAUUAACUCCAGUCUAACUGAGGCUCCUACCCCCUGGUUUGAGAUCACUGGCCUCAAGCAGAAUAUUUGACUCCUGUGUAGAACCUAUCCUCAUAGAUUAACAUUUCCUUUACUAGUUAAUAAUGUUGGAUUGUUUUGUGAAAAGGCAAAAAAAAAAAAAAAACAGUUAAAACAGCAACUCAGAACAUAGUGGAGGAUUAUUUGUCUUCAUCACUUGAAGUCCUAGACUGAGGCUGACCUCUUGUCUGGUCUGGUCUGUCUGGUCUAGUCUGGUCCUAAUGAAGCUGACACAGAUCUGUUCCCCCCCGUGCCCGGUCUCUGUUCCACACUCUAAUGAUCUCGAUUCAUUCUUCAUUCUGCUCUCUAUUUGAAGGCUGCCCUCUCUGCCUCAACAUUUUUUUUCUAUGUAAUUUUCCUUCCCCCCCAGAAUGCAAAAAGCACUAGAAUAUUUAUAGGUGAAUUAUAACCUUUUGCCACCGGAAAUUAGCUUCUGCUAAGAUAUGAGGAAUGAUACUGACUCUGAUUAUGAAUCUAUGUGAAAGACUAGUGCAAUUGUGAAAUGUUCAAUGUAAUAUUACGUAUAUAAACUUUCUAUAUUGAAUGUACAUUAAAAAAUAAAUAAAUCAGUCACACUUGUACAUAAAAUUUUAAGAAUAAAAGGGAACCCACAGUGUU